UGCUGAAGAAGAGGUGGUUGCGGUGUUCGGGUUUUCCGCGGAUGUUAAACGUAGAAAUUCGGAUUCGGCGAGUGUGAAACGUGCCGGCCCGCGUGGUUAAACUGCCCAAGCCAUUCAACAACCACUGCCACCUACUCCAACCAAGGCCGGCUUAUCUCACGAUACUUAAAACUCGCCUCUCCCCCCCGCGCGCGUUGACCGUCAUGCAGAACGACGAGCUGGUGGUGGAGCGCAGGCUAAGGCCAAUUUGGGAAUCGAUCGAAAUCGGUAACUACAAAAAGGCGCUGCAGGAUGCGGACAAAAUGCUGAAGAAAAAGCCAACCCUUCAGUGCGCCCGGGCACUGAAAGCGUGGGCCUACGUGCGGAUGGGGCGCGAUGAGGAAAGCAACGCGAUCAUAGCUCCACUCGAGCAGGAGCAACCGACCGAGGCCACCACCCUGCACGCCCUUACACUGUGCUACAAGGAGAUGCACCAGCUGGACCGUAUCUGCACGCUGUUCAGCAACGCGAAUCGGCAGCAGCCGGGCAACGAGGAACUGCUGUCGCAGCUCUUCAUCGCCUACAUGCGCGUGGACGAUUUCAAGGGCCAGCAAACGGUGGCGUUGCAGCUGUACAAACUGCGACCGCGCAAUUCCUACUACUUCUGGGCCGUCGUCAGCCUGGUUCUGCAGGCAUUGCGAGGACCCGAUGCGCACGAUGCACAGAAGGCGCAGCUGCUGCUCACCCUUGCCCAGCGCAUGGUGGACAAGUUCAUCGUGGAGAACAAGCUCGAGACGGCACAGGAAGCGCAACUCUACCUACAGAUACUGCAGGAGCAAAGCAAGUACCGCGAGGCGUACGACUUUCUUAACGGUGCCUUAUGCCAGAAGCUGUAUCCCGGCGCUCCCGUGUUCGUGCGGAUUGAGCUGCUGAAAAAGCUGGACAAAUGGGACGAGCUGAACCGGCUGCUGAAGGAGCUACUGUUGCAAGAGCAAGAUCGUUGGGAUUUCUAUCAGGAGUAUAUUGCAUCCACGUUCCGACUGAUCGAGGCCGGCGAAAAACCGGAGGGCGCAGACUAUUCGGUCGAGAUGUGUCACGAGUUUUUGUGUGACAUCAUUGAGGCACAACCGAAAAAGUUCCGCGGCCCGUACCUUGCACGACUAGAGCUGAACAGGCGAAUGAUCGAGAAGCGAUACAGUAGCGAGCAGCUAUUUGGCAAGAUGACCGAUAUGCUCGCCGAGUACUUUGGGCUCUUCGGUGAUAAACCCUGCUGUGCACACGAUAUGAAGCUGUUCAUCGAAUAUGUGUCGCCCGUCGCCGAACGGAGAGCGCUCGCUGCGAAGCUAACGAAUGGGCUCGACAUCACUUCGACCACGCUGCCGGGAAGUAAAGAGCAGAUGCAACGACACAUCUGUACGCUACAGAUUGCACGCUAUAGCGGAGCACACUCGAUCGUUAGCGAGGAGCUACUGCACGCGAUCUCCACCUCGCUCAGUCUGCAUUACGAGCAUGGAUACAACGCGUACGGAAUGGGUCUGCUUACCACCGAUAUGGGACCAUCGGACUCGUACGCAUUGCUAGCCGCGCACAUAAUGUAUGAACGCGCAUGGCGCCUGCAGCGCUCACAACCGAUCGUUGAGGCGCUUACGCUGCUACACUAUCUGCUUGCCAACAGUCCGAGCAACUUCCACGGCAAACUACUCUGCCUGCAGCUGUACCAUCGUCUCGGGCUAACGCUAGCUGCCCAAGAAGCGUACGACGCGCUCGACAUCAAACACAUUCAGCUCGAUUCGCUCGGCUAUCUGCACUGUGGUCAACUAGCAAAUGGGGGCUUCCCGAGUACGGCCAAGCAGGUGUAUGAGCGAACGCUCAGCUUCUUCAUCAACGAUCAUGAAGCAUACGCCGAGUUCCCGAAGGCAUCCUAUAAUUUCGGCACCUUUUCGAAGCUGGUCGAAAUGAUUGACUUUCGCAAUCGGCUCGCCAACAGUCAUCACUUUGCGCUGGUGACAGUUGAAUCGCUGCUAACGCUGGUGGUUGGCUUUGGUGGUACGCUGGCACAGUGUCUGGCGGCCUAUCGGCAGGCGCGCACCUCGAAACCACAUGAGGAUCGGAUCGCCUGGGACAAGCUUCACGAUAAUCGCGAUCUAACGAUCUUCCUCGCCUGGGAUCCACCGUCGGUGGAUAUCAACCCAGAACCGGACUCCAAUGGCUGUGUCCCGGAUGUGGCCGAUGAGAUAAAACCCGUCGGCGCUGUGCUAGAUGAGCGCCGAGAAGCAACCCGUGCGGCCAGCUAUGCCCAGGAGUACGAUCUGCUACGAUUGCGAUCGGGUUUGGCACGGUUAGUGUUUGGGCUGGUCGAGCUGCACCGAGGCCAGGAGACGACGGAGUACGAACCGCAACGAGUUCGGCAACUCAGACACUCGUGGGUAAGGACGGUCGGCGAGAUCGAAGCGAAACGUUACGAGCCGAGCAGCGGACGGUAUCUAGUCAAUCUGUUGCCAUCGCGCUUACACCUGUACCUGCGGUUGCCGUACGCCACUAUCUUCACGCAUUUGGCUGACUUUGUGCUAGGCACGUGGCAGGGUUACUGUUCCACCGACGGCGACGGCGAUAACGACAGCAGUGCCAAUAGUAAUGGCAACAGCAUCACUAGCAACAUUGCCGGCACCAGUCUGGAAAGGCUGACAGAAGCGGCCAACCGAUGCACAAAGGAUGUGCAAAACGUGUUCGAAACGAUGCAGCGUACCAUCGAGACAUUCAACGAGUCGGUCGAUCCACUGUGGCACUGGAAGCCGGCACAUGAAGUGGUCAACGGUUGCGCUGAGAUCCUCUCACUACUGGUGUUCACGCUAUCCGUUUGCCACGAACGGUAUCUGCAAUCGGCGACCAGUCAGAGCACCGCGGGAAGUAAAAAGGGCAAAAAACAAACGGCUGGCAGCAAUAAUGGUGCAGCAGACAGUGCGACCGAGCACAAGGAGUCGAUCGCGAUCGUAUCGGAAAAGGAUCGGCUCGCGCUGGUAACGGGCGUGCUGCGCGAGUUGAAACAGAAGAUUAACGAAGCGGACACAGUGCUGGCUUCCUGGAAGGUCGGUCAGGUCGUCAUUGACAACGGAUCGCUAUCGGAGGCCGUCGAGCGUCUGUCGCUUAACGAAACAUCCAUUACGGCCAAGAUCACGUCGAACGUGAGCAGCGAGGUGAAGGAAGUGCGUCGAUUGCUAAAAGAUAAACUCAAGAUGAUCAGCAAAGCUAUUUAGUUAGUAAUGCGCGAUCAGUGCACCUGCGACCCGGACUCAUCAUCUAUCAACGCUCAUUGCUCACCGAUCAUCUCACCUGCAGAACAACUCUCACCGAUAUGGCCUUUAGCAAAAAGGGCCUGCCCUCCCCCAUCGCCUUCUACAGACGCGCGCAACAAAAUGACCAGUUCCUCGUCAGCAUUCUCUUCUUCGCAGCUCCCCCCCCUUUUCUCGUUACGAGUCGAUGUUAAGAAUGUUCUGUUAUACUCUUUUUAAAUCUUUCAUUUUUCGCUACUUUAACCAACCACUGUUUCUGUUUUUAUGGCGCGAAAGAAACCCCCGGUCGAAGCGGUUUAAUCUCGCAGGCAGCGAUAUAUACUGGCCACACCACAUUAAUGUGUAAUGCAGCAACAGCGGCAGCAGUGCUGUCGUGUCGACCUAUACUACGAAUUGUAAAUUCUGGCUACUUUGAUUAUGAAUCGCAAAGAGAAUAAAACAUGGAACGGUCACUCGGCCAAAAUGAAUCACAAAAUAGUUCAUGAUCGUUGGCGGUUCAUAACUGUAACUGUGAAAAACGCUGUUGUAACGGCUACCAUUCUUCAGUAUUAUGCACAAUUUUCUUAACAAAUUGUCAAAGCAAUAAUGAUAUCAAACUUGAGGAUGAUCGAUUGAAAGAAACGAUUGUUAAACUUUGCACUAACACAGUUCUUAAAUGAUAGGUAAAUUGUAACUGCCUGGCACUGAGUUUUACAGCACCCUACAUCUGCUAUCGUUACUCAAUAUGAUCCAUACUGAUCCAUACAAAGAGAGCGAUGAUAUGCUGAUGCAAAGAGAUAAAUAACUUAAGAUCAU